GGCUCUUCUGCCAGGAACCAUGGCUCUGCCCAUAGACCCCAUGGACGAACCCAGGAUGUACCAGCAGACGCUGCUGCAGGACGGCCUGUUCGAACUGCUGGAGAACGACAAGCUGGUAGACUGUGUGCUGAAGAUCAAAGACAAAGAGUUCCCCUGCCACCGGCUGGUGCUGUGCGCCUGCAGCUCAUACUUCCGUUCCAUCUUCCUGUCUGACCUGGAGGAGAGCAAAAAGAAGGAGAUUGUGUUGGAGGACGUGGAGCCAGGCGUCAUGGGGCUGGUCCUCAAGUACCUGUACACCUCCAAAAUCAACGUGACGGAGCAGAACGUCCAGGACAUCUUCGCGGUGGCUAACGUGUACCAGAUCCCUUCCAUUUUCACAGUUUGUGUGUCUUUCUUACAGAAGCGUCUGAGCCUGAGCAACUGCCUGGCUGUCUUCAGACUUGGCCUGAUGCUGGACUGUCCCAGGCUGGCUCUUUCUGCUAGAAACUACGCGUGCGAGCGCUUCCAGCUCAUCUCUAGAGACGACGAGUUCUUCCAGCUGCUCCCCAGUGAGUUGGCCGCCAUUCUGGCAAACGAUAACCUGAACGUGGAGACGGAGGAGGCCGUGUUCGAGGCGCUGAUGAACUGGGUGAGUCGGGACACGGGGAGCAGAGAGAAAGAGCUGCCGGGUCUGCUGGACUGCAUUCGUCUGCGUCUGGUCAGCGAGGAUUACCUGAAGGAGAAGGUGGAGAAGAACAAACUGAUCUCCGAUAACUCGGAGCUCCAGCAGAAAGUGCAGAUGGUUAAAGAUGCACUCGCUGGAAAAAUGCCGGACAUUAAAAAAAGCAAAAGCAAGCAGAACGGAGGAGCAGAAGGAGAGGACGAGGAACAAGAGGACGAGGAGGAAGAUCUUCUCCCGGGGAUCCUGAACGACACCCUGAGAUUCGGCAUGUUUGUCAGGAACUUGAUCCUGAUGGUGAACGAAGCUGGGGCCGUGGCGUACGAUCCCGCAGGGAACGACUGCUUCCUGGCAUCACUGUCCACACAGGUUCCCAAGAACCACAUCAGCCUCGUGACCAAGGAGAACCAGGUCUUUGUGGCGGGAGGAUUAUUCAUAGACGAGCAGAACAAAGAAGAUCCACUGUGCUCCUAUUUCCUACAGUAUGACCCGGUCAGUGCAGAUUGGCUCGGGAUGCCGCCCCUCCCGUCGCCCCGCUUCCUGUUUGGUCUGGCCGAGGCCGAGAACUUCAUCUUUGUUGUGGGAGGGAGGGAGCUGAAGGAGAAAGAGCACACGCUGGACUCGGUUCUGGUCUACGACAGAGAAUCUUUCAAAUGGGGGGAAUCAGAGUCACUCCCCUACCCGGUGUAUGGACAUGCCACUGUGUCCCACAAAGAUGUUGUUUAUGUGAUUGGAGGAAAGGAAGACAGCAAGACCUGCCUGAAGAAGAUGUGCGCAUACGAUGCAAGGAGAUUUGAGUGGAAGGUGCUUGCCCCCAUGAAGGUUGCACGCUCUUUAUUCGGAGCCACGGUUCAUAAGGAUAAAAUAUAUGUGGGGGCAGGGGUCACCGACACUGGGCUGACAGACACUCUGGAGGUGUACGACAUCGCUACCAACACGUGGUCAGACUUCGUGGCGUUCCCUCAGGAGCGUAGCUCUCUGAUGCUGGUGUCUCUGGCCGGCCUGCUGUACGCUGUAGGAGGAUUCGCCAUGAUGCCUCUGGAGGACAGCGAGGAGAUCCUUCCCAAAGAGAUGAACGACAUCUGGAGGUUUGAUGAAACAGAGAGGAAGUGGACCGGGGUCCUCAGAGAGAUCCAGUACGCUGCAGGGGCCACGGUUCUGGGGGUCCGCCUCAACACCCUGCGCCUCACAAAGAUGUAAAACCCCCUGCAGUUCCUGCUUGUUAAAAAAAAAGCUGUGCACAGUGGCAUCAAUAGACUGAUUUUACACAGCAGUUUUAUGUGGUUCUGGAUUAAUAUCAUGCACAAUUUUCAUUAUUGAUUGAAUGCAUUUUUAUAUAUGUGUGUUUCUGAGGUUUGAAACUGUAAACAAUCUGUAUCCUGUUGACAUUUUUUGCACUGUAAUGAAAUAAAAUGUAAGUUUAGUCAUGAAAAUGGUCGAAAAUGUGUACAUUUCCCAACAGAUGGCA